AUCACCAAGCCACUGAAUGGGGGAAGUUCGCCUUUAAAGAAAGUAAAACUUUUUUAGGAUUUGCGCUGUCAAAAUACGAGAGAGACUUCUUAAAGCUGGCGUUAUAUUUCAGAAUAUUUUUUUCAGUGGGAAGGAAGCCUCACAUAAAAUGUUGACAUUUAAUUUUAAACUUAUGUAUGGGAAUGGUUCCUUUUGAAAACGGUGAGCUGCAGUACAUCGCCAGCGGCCCAUCACCAACGAAGUUUGUAUCACAGUACAAAAGUUGCCACUCACCUUCGCUUUUUUCUUGGUUAAAGUAGAAUAUUCUUUAGUCUGGGAGCAGCACGCGAAGAAAGCAGGGGGACCGCUUUUCUCGACCCGAUUUCUCGCAUAUGGACGACAGCAGUCCUCUUUCUCCAAAGGCAAAUGCUUUCAGUAUUGCCUCUCUGAUUUCAGCGGCAGAACAAGCAGGAAACGCAACAUUUGACAAACACGGCACUGGCCCGGACAAGCAAGACCAGCGUAACUGCUGCAGAUCCUUAAAAAUGCACUACAGUACUGUCACAAGGGAAAUGGAAGCAAUAUCCAGUCCGUGGCUGACGCAGCUGUCCCAUUUUUGCGAUGUUGCAGCCUUCACGACCAGCAGUUUGAGCAACCUCAACACACCCGGGAGCUAUCACCUCUCCCCCUCCCCUGGGGAUCCGUACAGCCAACAUGAAACCCACUUCGAGCCCUGCACGGCGGCCCAACACAGUUACAGCUACACGGGGUCGAACCCGGCCCAGGCCCAGCCGAACGAUACUGGCACGCCAAACUGUUCCUCGUCGUCCUCAACUUCAACGCCUAGUAACAAGUCGCUGGUGAAGAAAAACCCGAAAGUUGCCAAUAUUAACGUCCAACUGGAAAUGAAGGCUCUCUGGGAUGAAUUUAACCAACUUGGAACCGAGAUGAUCGUUACCAAGGCUGGCCGGAGAAUGUUUCCUACGUUUCAAGUAAAAAUCUUCGGAAUGGAUCCCAUGGCAGAGUACAUGCUGUUAAUGGAUUUCCUACCGGUGGAUGAUAAACGAUAUCGGUAUGCCUUUCACAGCUCGUCCUGGCUGGUGGCCGGCAAGGCUGACCCGGCCACUCCCGGGAGAGUUCACUACCACCCAGACUCUCCUGCCAAGGGCGCACAGUGGAUGAAACAGAUCGUCUCAUUUGAUAAAUUAAAACUCACGAACAACUUACUGGACGAUAAUGGUCAUAUUAUUUUAAACUCCAUGCACAGAUACCAGCCAAGGUUCCAUGUCGUGUAUGUGGAUCCGAGGAAAGACAGUGAGAAGUACGCUGAAGAGAAUUACAAAACGUUUGUCUUCGAAGAGACACGGUUCACAGCCGUCACGGCCUACCAAAACCACAGGAUCACGCAGCUAAAAAUCGCCAGCAAUCCUUUCGCAAAGGGAUUUCGAGACUGCGAUCCGGAAGACUGGCCCAGAAAUCACAGGCCAGGCUCCUUGCCAAUAAUGAGUGCCUUCGCCAGGACGAGGAACCCCAUGGCAUCUCCGCCGCAACAGAACGGCACAGACAAAGAAGACAGCAGGAGGGACUAUGACCGGGACCCCAGCGGAACCCCUAUCCACGCUGACCCAGCCCACCAGAUCAUGUCUCGGGUGCUGAGCCCUGCGCUGCCCCUGCCGGGGGGGCUGCAUGCCGUUCCGCUCGGCGCUAGCCGCCCAAGCCCCCCACAUGAGCUGCGGCUCGACGGCCACGCCCAGCCGCCCGACACGCUGCACCACCACCCCUACAAGUACCCAGCCACCUACGAACACUACCUGGGAGCCAAGACCCGGCCGUCCCCGUAUCCACUGCCCAGCAUCAGGGGGCACGGCUACCAACACAUGAACCCCACUGCUUCCAACAUGUACUCGGCUACCAGCGGCCCUGCAAACUAUGACUACGGGCCCAGAUAAUGCAUGGCUUCGGCUCUCGGCCUAUCGGUGCGCAAUGACUCGAGCAUGCAUAGCACGCCGAAGACAGCCAGUGGGGGGCGUUGCUUUGCAUGUCUGGUUAAUGCAAAAUCAAUUGUGGAGGAGUAAGAUCAGGACUAAGGAGCUCCUCUGAGGCCUCAGCAAGGCACCGCCGGCACAGGUCCAUCAGCACUGGCGCAGUGCGGCCUCUCUGCCCGUCCGUCGCAUGUGGCUCACACAGUGAGGCUGCCUCCCUAAGAGCAUGAAGGAUGGUCUUAUCGAUGUGUGAAACGCCUCACAGCGGGACUGGAUUUUGACCUCGUGUUGGAUGCACUUUUUUGUUUUCGCUUGGAGAAACAAAGCCAUACGUUGUAUAAUCUUGAACCCGAGAAGCUUCUUAGGUAGGUGAGAUAUCUGCAUGCUCAGCUCACCGAAGGACGAUGCAGGUGUCUCCAUCCAUGCCCAUGCAAUGGCCUGGGCAGCUCUGCCAGGAGCCUGUGGAAUGACCUGGAAAGCUCCAACAGGUACCUGAAACCAUGGAACGUUCUGGAGAGCUCUCAUAGAUACCUGCAGCAUGGAAAAUCCAGGAGAGCUCUCAUAGAUACCUGUACCAUGGAACGUUCUGGAGAGAUCUCAUUGAUACCUGCGGCAUGAAACAUUCUGGGAAGCUCUGAUAGAUACCUGCACCAUGGAACGUUCUGGAGAGAUCUCAUUGAUACCUGCAGCAUGGAACAUUCUGGGAAGCUCUGAUAGAUACCUGCACCAUGGCACUGAUUCAAAGUGAUUCUUAGAAGUUUGGUAAAUAAAGGAGAGAUCCCAUGCUUGUGCUGUAAUUUGUAAAAUGAAUAUUAAAUUCUUUCCUUUAAAUUUU